UUGACUUUCACUCGCAGCGAUCGGACGGAGAAGAAGCUCAUGGAACGGAACGGAAGCUGUGCGUUACAACUUCUCAUCUUCUCUAGUCUUUAGAUUUCAGCUCACUUUCUUCGUCGAUUGGGCUAUCGACUUUUCGGAAUUUUCACUCCCGAAAACCAAAAUCUUUAGUUUUCCCUCCUAACAUGGAAGACGCCUACGCCAGAUCUGUCACAGAGGUGCUUGAUUUCUUUGGGGUAGACCCAACAAAGGGUCUUUCUGAUUCUCAGGUUGAUCAUCACUCUAGGCUUUUUGGAAGGAAUGUUCUGCCCGAAGAGAAAAGAACUCCAUUCUGGAAACUGGUUCUGAAACAGUUUGAUGAUUUACUUGUUAAGAUAUUGAUUGUGGCUGCAGUUGUCUCUUUCGUAUUGGCUUUGGCCAAUGGAGAGACUGGUUUAACAGCAUUUCUGGAGCCUUUUGUAAUUCUGCUGAUAUUGGCUGCAAAUGCAGCGGUGGGGGUGAUUACAGAGACUAAUGCUGAGAAGGCUCUCGAGGAGCUACGUGCCUACCAAGCAAAUAUAGCGACAGUGUUGCGAAAUGGGUGCUUCUCUAUACUACCGGCAACAGAGCUGGUGCCAGGCGACAUUGUUGAAGUAACUGUUGGAUGUAAGAUUCCAGCUGACCUGAGGAUGAUCGAGAUGUCUAGCAAUGAGUUACGAGUGGAUCAAGCAAUUCUGACUGGUGAAAGCUGUUCUGUGGAGAAAGAUGUUGACUGUACGUUAACAACAAAUGCUGUCUACCAAGACAAGAAGAAUAUUUUAUUUUCGGGAACUGAUGUGGUCGCUGGUAGGGGGAGGGCUGUUGUCAUUGGAGUUGGUUCUAACACCGCGAUGGGCAGUAUACACGAUUCUAUGUUGCACACAGAUGAUGAGGCAACUCCGUUGAAAAAAAAGCUGGACGAGUUUGGCAGCUUUUUGGCUAAGGUUAUUGCGGGGAUUUGUGUCCUUGUGUGGGUUGUCAACAUUGGUCACUUCAGUGACCCUUCUCACGGUGGAUUUUUCAAAGGCGCAAUUCACUAUUUUAAGAUUGCAGUUGCCCUUGCUGUUGCAGCUAUUCCUGAAGGACUUCCUGCUGUUGUUACAACGUGUUUAGCUCUUGGAACAAAGAAAAUGGCUCGUUUGAAUGCCAUUGUACGGUCAUUGCCAUCUGUCGAGACACUUGGUUGCACUACUGUAAUAUGCAGUGACAAGACUGGAACAUUGACAACCAAUAUGAUGUCGGUGUCUAAGAUAUGUGUCGUCCAAUCUGUAGACCGUGGUCCUAUGAUUAAUGAAUUCAAUGUUAGUGGGACAACUUAUGCACCAGAAGGCACUGUCUUUGACAGCAAUGGGCAGCAGCUUGACUUCCCUGCUCAAUCACCUUGCCUUCAUCAUUUAGCAAUGUGUUCAUCACUCUGCAAUGAUUCCAUUUUGCAAUACAAUCCAGACAAGGAUUCUUAUGAAAAAAUUGGAGAGUCAACUGAAGUUGCUCUUCGAGUUCUUGCAGAAAAGGCAUGGAACAUAACAGACUGUUUCUUGUCAUCUUACAAUAGACCCUGCACAGAGGUUGGCCUCCCUGGUUUUGAUUCAAUGCCUUCUGCUCUAAACAUGUUGAGCAAUCAUGAACGUGCAUCAUACUGUAACCAUUAUUGGGAAAACCAAUUUAAAAAGGUUUAUGUUUUAGAGUUUACACGUGACCGCAAAAUGAUGAGCGUUCUAUGUAGCCAUAAGCAAAUGGAUGUAAUGUUUUCAAAGGGUGCUCCAGAGAGUAUAAUUGCUAGGUGUACUAAACUUCUCUGCAACGUUGAUGGUUCUGUUGUUCCUCUAACUGCUGCUGUCCGUGCAGAACUUGAUUCGAGGUUCCACAGUUUUGGAGAUGAAACAUUGAGAUGCUUAGCAUUAGCAUUUAAAACCGUGCCCCAUGGUCAACAAACUAUUUCCUAUGAUAAUGAGAACGACCUGACGUUUAUUGGGUUGGUGGGAAUAGUUGAUCCACCAAGGGAAGAAGUGAGAGAUGCUAUGCUUGCGUGUAUGACUGCUGGGAUACGUGUUAUAGUUGUAACCGGGGAUAACAAGUCUACAGCGGAGUCACUAUGUAGAAAAAUAGGGGCAUUCGACAAUCUGGUCGACUUUUCUGGUCUGUCUUACACCGCUUCUGAAUUUGAACGGCUUCCAGCGGUGCAACAAACUCUAGCAUUGCGACGGAUGACACUUUUUUCCAGGGUUGAACCUUCCCACAAAAGGAUGCUUGUUGAAGCCCUACAGAACCAAAAUGAAGUGGUGGCAAUGACUGGUGACGGCGUUAAUGAUGCCCCUGCAUUAAAGAAAGCUGACAUUGGGAUUGCCAUGGGUUCUGGAACAGCUGUAGCCAAGAGUGCUUCAGAUAUGGUUUUGGCGGAUGAUAAUUUCGCUUCAAUAGUUGCGGCUGUUGCAGAAGGAAGGGCUAUUUAUAAUAACACGAAGCAAUUCAUUAGAUACAUGAUCUCUUCAAAUAUAGGGGAAGUGGUCUGUAUAUUUGUGGCAGCUGUACUGGGAAUCCCUGAUACCCUGGCGCCUGUUCAACUUUUAUGGGUCAAUUUGGUAACGGAUGGAUUGCCUGCCACUGCCAUUGGAUUUAAUAAACAAGAUUCCGAUGUGAUGAAGGCAAAACCCCGAAAGGUUGGUGAAGCAGUAGUCACUGGGUGGUUAUUUUUCCGGUAUUUGGUUAUCGGAGUUUAUGUCGGUCUGGCAACUGUUGCUGGCUUUAUAUGGUGGUUUGUUUACUCUGAUGGUGGUCCUAAACUUACUUACAGUGAACUGAUGAACUUUGAAACAUGCGCACUUAGAGAGACAACUUAUCCAUGCAGCAUAUUUGAGGAUCGGCAUCCAUCAACUGUGGCUAUGACAGUUCUUGUUGUUGUAGAAAUGUUUAAUGCUCUCAAUAACCUCAGCGAAAAUCAAUCCCUUCUGGUUAUAACCCCACGGAGUAAUUUAUGGCUUGUUGGUUCCAUUAUCCUGACAAUGGUUCUGCACAUGCUAAUAUUAUAUGUUCAUCCACUGGCAGUCUUAUUUUCUGUCACUCCAUUGUCCUGGGCCGAGUGGACGGCGGUUCUGUAUCUUUCGUUUCCAGUUAUUAUCAUCGAUGAGAUUCUGAAGUUCCUCUCUAGAAAUACUGGCAUGAGAUUCAGAUUCAGAUUCAGGAAGAUUGAUUUACUCCCCAAGGACCGGCGUGACAAGUAGGAGAAGAAAACAAGAGAUGGCUUCUUUUUUUCAUACAGAGUUUUGGCUUUUAUAGAUACAUCAACACACAGGAAAGACUCUUGGGAGAUUCUAAUGCAAUCCAAAAAAGCUCUAAUACCAUAAACCAUAAAACUUUUUUGGCUUUUGAUUUCCUUUUUUUUUGUACCAAAUUACACUGUAUUCUUACAUCAAACAGUCUCUACUGCUUUUUAUCAAGUUAUAUAUGCAUUGUGGUUAGCAGAGUUUCA